AUUAGCUAAAUACAUUCCCAUUUUCUCAGGCAAACCAAACCUCUGUCUGUCUGCAAUAUUACAAGAAGAAAACAAAUUAAAGAAGAAGACAAUUGUCUGUGUGUGUUGUUAUUAUUAAUUAGUUGCAGAGAGAUCUAGAGAGAGAGAGAGAGAGAGAGAGAGAGAUGGGGAGAAUCCCAGUAGGUGUGGGUUGGAGUGAGAAAAUGGAAAUGAUGAAGAAAGGGCCAUGGACACCCCAAGAAGACAUCAUCCUCGUCUCUUACAUCCACCAACAUGGCCCUGCUAAUUGGGCAUCUGUUCCUUUUAACACAGGGUUGCAGAGAUGCAGCAAGAGCUGCCGUCUGCGGUGGACGAACUAUCUCCGGCCAGGGAUAAAGCGCGGGAACUUCACCUCCCACGAAGACAACCUCAUCCUCCACCUCCAAGCCCUCCUCGGCAACCGAUGGGCAGCGAUCGCGUCGUAUCUUCCGGAAAGGACCGACAACGACAUCAAGAAUUAUUGGAAUACUCAUCUCAAGAAAAAACACCAUGGCCGCAGCACCGCCUCUCCCAAAUUAUUACCUAAUUUAUUAAUACAAAAUAAUAAUAAUAAUAAUAAUAAUAAUAAUAAUAAUAACAAUAAUAAUAAUUCGAAAGGGCAGUGGGAGAGACGCCUCCAGACGGAGAAUAUUCAGGCCGCCAAACACGCCCUAUCCGCCGCCCUCUCCCACCUCGACAACUCCCAGGAUGUCCAUUCUCCGCCGCCGCCGUCAAACAUUCCGCCGGCGGCAUCCACCACCACCGCCGCCGUCAGCGCCGACAAUCUCGCUCAAUUGCUUCAGAAUUGGACCGAACGUUCGAUCGCCGAUGAUGAUCGGACGGUCAGGAGAGGUUCGAGUUCGACCGCCGGUGAGGAGAUGAUUGGGAAUGGAUUCGGAGGGAUUGAGGAUGCCAGGACGGAUGCUGAUUUUGAAAUGACUCAAAUGCCCCUGCGUUUGCUCGAGAAAUGGCUGUUUGACGACUGUGGCGGUCAGGGGCAGGAUGGGAAUUUCGUGGACACCGCCAUUGGAGGAUCUGCUGAUUUCUACUGAAACCAGGAGGAAGUUCUAAAUUGAAACAGCCAAGCAGAAAUAUAUAUAUAUAUAUAUAUUAUAUAGAUAUAGAGAGAGAUCUAUAGGCUAUAGCU